GGGCAAGGCCCCAGCCUUAGUGGGUUGCCGGGCAGAGCCGGACGCCGCCAGCUCUUCGCUCACGCCCACCGCUUUCCUGGAGCGCUGGGCCUUCGCUGGCCGCACUGGCAGCCAUGGGCUCGGAGAUGGAGCCGCUGCUCCUGGCCUGGAGCUAUUUUAGGCGCAGGAAGUUCCAGCUCUGCGCCGAUCUAUGCACGCAGAUGCUGGAGAAGUCCCCUUAUGACCAGUCCUGCUCCUGAUGGAUCUCCAGAGAGCCAUGCCUGUCCUUGGUCUCUCCACAUCCUACGGUAGUCUGUGUUCCAUCCUUGCUGUCAUCCCACAUACUCAGCAGAGUCCUGCUCUGGACCCAGAGAGUCUAGGUUCAAAUACUGCCUCUAUACCUUUGAGGUAAGAGACCAAUAGGACUUGUUUUCUGGUCACAACAUGGCUGACCAAAACAGGAUCUAGUCUAGACAGGAUAAAGUGAAGAAACCAGCAGGUGGCAAGGAAAGCGACCCCUCGCUGCCCUCACUGCUCAUCAGCAGAACACCCUCCCACCAGCUGCCAUGACAGUUUAAAAGUGCCAUGGCAAUGACUCAGAAGUUACCACCCCUUUCCAUGGCAACAACCCAUAAGUUACUGCCCCUUUCCUAGAGUUCUGAGUUCUAAAUAGUUCUAAAUAACCUGUUCCCUAAUUUGCAUUGUUCCAUCCCUUAAUUUGCAUGUAAUUGAAAGUAGGUUUUCAUGAGUAUAAAUACAGUUGCCAAGAGCCCAUAGUUGCUGAUUCUGGCCACACUGCCUAUGAGUUAGCCCUACUCUGCAAGGAACAGUACCAGCCAAUAAAGGAUUGCUAUCUAAUACCACUGACUCACCCUAGAAUUAUUUCCUUGGCAGAGCCAAGAACCCUCCUGGGCUAAGCCCUAAUUUUGGAGCUCACAGGUCCUGCAACAUCUUGCUCUCAGAGUGUUCUCAUCUGUAAAUGGUGAUGAUAGUAUACCUAUACCUCAGAGGGUUGUUAUAAGGCUCAUGAACAUGUGGUAAGUGAUAAAAAAUGUUAGCUGCUAUUGUCUGUAUACCUACAGAUAUUUUCAUGCAGGAUUCUGUCAUCUAUAUUUUUCUUAAAGGAUUGCUGGGGAUCUGGAAAGCAUUUGUGAGGAAGAUGUCCAGUUAAAUGGAUGGUGAAAAGAUGUUUCAUAUAGUUCAUAAAUCAUUGGCACUCAAUAAUUUCCAGAAUAAUCUCCCCCUUCUCUGACUCUUUUAUCUUCCAUGUCUUCUGCUUUUCUUUUGUUCACCUAAGUCACCUAUAAUUUGACCAUAAUGUGAGUAUAGUAUUUGACACAUUGUAUUGUAAUUUAGGUGCGUCCCCCUCUAGAAUGUUUUGGAAUUAAUGUGUUCUUGGCCUCAUACCCACUUAGGCCUGGUCUCCAGUUUCCAUCAAUGCAAUCCCUCACCUGUCUCGGCACCUCCCUACUCAUUAGGCCUCUCAUUUUCUCCUCUGACCUUCACAUUGAUGAUUUCCCAUAAUUUCCCUACACACUCUUCAUCCACAUGAUCAGCCCUAAACGUAUCCCCGAAGGGCAGAGGAACAAGACAGAGAGAGCGCGAAGACCUUCCUCAGUGAGCAGAAAUCUUCUGAGGCUGAACUGGUGGUUUCAUUUUGUGUCACUGGAGGAAUCUACCUGCCCUUGGCAAAUCACAGCAUCCAGUUUCAGUGGCUUCUGUCUCCUUUAGCUGUUUUUUCCUUUUCGAGCAUUGUCUACAAUCACCUCCAGUAAACUUUCUCCCCUAGUUUUCUAUAAUAUAUUGGAUUUAUCUUGUAUCUCUCCUAAACUUUACCUUUCAUUCCUGCCUUAUUAAGUCCAACUCUUUUUUUUUAAAUCUCCAAGAGGCACUGGCAAGAAGGAGCAUUUGAUUCCCGUUUGUGUGACCUUAAACAAAUUACUUAACAUCUCUGAAUUUGUUUCUUUAUCUGUAAAGUAGAUAAUAAUACUUACCUGCUUUCCUCAGAUGGUUGUUAUGAGACUCAAAUGAGAUAAUGGGCUAUAGAGAUAUGUAUACAAGUAAACAGAAGAAAGAAAGAAUAGAAUGUGGUACUUCUUUCAUCUGGCAUGUCAUUUCCUGGAUUGGUGUGUUUCAUUAAGUUUGGACUGUAUUUAGGAAAUCUGUACUUUUUCCACAUCCUUGUACUUUCCCCAGUAAAACAGAUUAAGUGCCCAACAGACACUGCUGACUAGACAGACAUGAACCAGAUCCUGAAUUGCCAGUGCAUCAGGCAGCUUGGAUCUUAAAAGCAAGAGCACUAACAGAAAUGGUAUACAUAGAUGAAAUUGAUAUAGAUCAGGAAGGAAUUGCAGAAAUGAUGCUGGAUGAAAAUGCUAUUGCUCAAGUUCCACGCCCUGGAACGUCUUUGAAACUCCCUGGAACUAAUCAGACAGGAGGGCCUAGUCAGGCCGUUAGGCCAAUCACACAAGCUGGAAGACCCAUUACAGGUUUCCUCAGGCCCAGCACACAGAGUGGAAGGCCAGGCACUAUGGAACAGGCUAUCAGAACACCCAGAACCGCCUACACAGCCCGCCCUAUCACCAGCUCCUCUGGAAGAUUUGUCAGGCUGGGAACGGCUUCCAUGCUUACAAGUCCUGAUGGACCAUUUAUAAACUUAUCUAGACUGAAUUUAACAAAAUAUUCCCAGAAACCUAAGUUGGCAAAGGCUUUGUUUGAGUAUAUCUUUCAUCAUGAAAAUGAUGUUAAGACUGCUUUGGAUCUGGCUGCCCUCUCCACAGAGCAAUCUCAGUACAAGGACUGGUGGUGGAAAGUACAGAUUGGAAAAUGUUACUACAGGUUGGGAAUGUAUCGUGAAGCAGAAAAACAGUUUAAAUCAGCCCUGAAGCAGCAGGAAAUGGUAGAUACAUUUCUGUACUUGGCAAAAGUUUAUGUCUCAUUGGAUCAACCUGUGACUGCUUUAAAUCUUUUCAAACAAGGCUUAGAUAAGUUUCCAGGAGAAGUAACCCUGCUCUGUGGAAUUGCAAGAAUCUAUGAGGAAAUGAACAAUAUGUCAUCAGCAGCCGAAUACUACAAAGAAGUUUUGAAACAAGACAAUACUCAUGUGGAAGCCAUCGCAUGCAUUGGAAGCAACCACUUCUAUUCUGAUCAGCCAGAAAUAGCUCUCCGGUUUUACAGGCGGCUGCUGCAGAUGGGCAUUUAUAACGGCCAGCUUUUUAACAAUCUGGGGCUGUGUUGCUUCUAUGCCCAGCAGUAUGAUAUGACUCUGACCUCAUUUGAACGUGCCCUUUCUUUGGCUAAAAAUGAAGAAGAGGCAGCUGAUGUCUGGUACAACUUGGGACAUGUAGCUGUGGGAAUAGGAGAUACAAAUUUGGCCCAUCAAUGCUUCAGGCUGGCUCUGGUCAACAACAACAACCACGCCGAGGCCUACAACAACCUGGCUGUGCUGGAGAUGCGGAAGGGCCACGUUGAACAGGCAAAGGCACUAUUACAAACUGCAUCAUCAUUAGCACCCCAUAUGUAUGAACCGCAUUUUAAUUUUGCAACAAUCUCUGAUAAGAUUGGAGAUCUGCAGAGAAGCUAUGUUGCUGCGCAGAAGUCUGAAGCAGCAUUUCCAGACCAUGUGGACACACAACACUUAAUUAAACAAUUAAGGCAGCAUUUUGCUAUGCUUUGAUUGUUCCUUAGACCACAUAUGUUCUUAUGAAGUGGCAUUAUGCAAGGGGAAAAAAGUACUAUCUCUGUGUGUAUGUAUGUAUAUAGUGUAAUACGUAUAUUUUAACAAACCUGUCCUUGAUAUUAGUGAAGGUGACACAUAAGGGUGACACAGAAUGUAUAAUGCAAAUUUCACAGUAAUAGUAACUUUAUAAAAUAAUAUAAAAUACAGGAUUUAAACCUUUCUACAUAGAUUUUGAAACUUUCUCCCACAUUAUAUAGUAGAUGUUUGUUUAUUAUGUUUACAAAACAUUUUGGUGAAUUUCCUCAAUGUUUUAUAAAUGUACAUUUUUUAAGUCCUUAAGCUAUUAGCCAUCAUGUAGCUUAAGGAGUCUGAAAUCUGCCAUUAAAACUGCACCUUUAAGCCAGGUGUGGUAGCAUGUGCCUAUAGUCCCAGCUACUUGGGAGGUGGAGGUGGGAGGAUUAUAAGUAGAGACUUUCCUUAAGACUUUAAAAAUGUAUUUAAAACUAUUUUUUAUUAAAUACUUUGUGAUUUCCUAUUAAGCUUUAAAAUAAAUCGGUGUGUAAGACACCAUCAUUUCA